UUGUUGCACUUUGAACCUUGUGGCUUCAAGCAGGAAAUCAAGGAUAUUUUCUCAGCAGGCUGUUGGAAGAACAACUGCCCUCGGCCACGAGCGGUGUUGGUAGAAACCUGUUUGAAGGAAAGGAGCGAUGAAACCAGACCAGAGCUGAGACAGACAGGUGGAGAAACAGCUUUCUGUACCGGUCUGCACGGCUUCCAAAGACAUUUUGAGAAAAAUCUCUGAAGAUUGAACUCUUUGAAAGAGACAGACGCUGUUGUCUGAAGAUGUACGGAAACAGCGCCCCCUUCUCUUACUCCCCGAGGGGGUUUUCACAGGAGGACCUCCCUCAACUGAGACGUCCUUUACAACAAGAUGAACCAAGGGCCGCUCUGCUGCAGAGCAACAGCAUGUCCAGACCCAGUGGGAAAUCCAUAUACUUGCAGAGAAAGGAAUACUCUGAGACGCUGAACAAACAUACUGACGAAUUUCACGUCAGAGUGGAGCAUUUGUUCACCUGUGAGAUGGACGGCCAGGAGAUGAAGAGACUGGACGACUGCGUGGCCAAGCUCAAGAGGCUGGAUACCAAAGGUCGCCUGUGGCCGCAGGAGAUGAUCAUGGAGGCUCAGGGAGGAAACUUACUGCUCAGCGACAUUGAGUCCAAGAUUGAGCUGGAGUCACUACCUUUGAGAAGCAUCAGGCAAACCAAGGCCAUACUGGACAGCUGUGCCUACAACUCUCUGCUGACGAUUACUGUCCAGGAUCAUGGCAAACGCCACCCCCAGGUCUUCAUGUUCCAGUGUGAGGAGACAGGGGCGGAGAUCAUCAAGGGCGAUCUGGAUAAAGCCGUCCAGAGAAGAGACAGUGAUGUGGAACCACGCAGGGACCAGUCUGACAUCAGGAGCAAUCUUGAAAAUAUCAUCGGGCAACACGCUCCAGGAAGUUUCCAGCAGACCAGGCCUCGCCCCAUGCAGCGAGAAAGUGCCCUGCCACCACUGGACCACCAGCCCACACAGUGGGGUAACAGAGAACCAGUAGAGAGAAUGUCUCCCCCACGGGACUACACCGCACAAGAAGAGAUGCUUCGACCUCCCGAUCUUCGUGAAUCACAGAGUAGCCCAGAGGUUCCUCCUGAGCAAGCAGACACAAAGAGGAACACAGACAUUUUAAACCACAUUCUAGGUGAUUUGGAGAUUUUCAUGGACAAAGUUACUGCUGCAGUGAAUGCACCGUCAGUGCAGAAGGACAAGGGCAAGAAGAAAAAUGCGAAGAAGAAAAAAUCAAAGAAAACUGCAGCACCAGCUGACGGUCUGCCAUCUUGGGAGGAAUAUAUCUCCUGUCUCCAGAAAAUCAAAUAUGGAUUCAACCUGCUGGGUCAGCUGGACGGGUCACUGACCAACCCCAGUGCCCCAGACUUUGUCCACAUCUUCUUCACGUGUUUAGGCAUGAUAGUGGCUCGGUAUCCCGCAGACCUGCCUCCCACCGUGCUCUCGCCCCUGCUGACAGAGGCGACCGCCCGGCUGCUCAGUCAAGUCGUCAGCCCGGAGGAGGACGGCCUGUGGAGGUCUCUGGGAGACCCUUGGAACAUCCCCAGCUCUCGAUGGCCGGGUGAUAAUGUCCCACCUUACAUCCCGGAGUUCUAUGAUGGCUGGCGGCCGCCUGCUCCCUCACGUAUUCCCUCCCCGCUCCCUUAUCAGAACGGUCCAAUGAGCAGGAGCAACAGCCAGCGUCGGCCACCGGACCAACCCAGUAGACAAAUAGAUGAGAGCCACAGCUACUCACCCAGAGCAAUGCAGCGGCGGCCUGAAGAGCCUGUGGGCAUCAGUGCAUGGAAUCCACCACCACCACCACCAACAAACUCCAGGGAGCCACCCUUGUACAUGCGGGUCAUUUACGACUUCGUGGCCAGAAACAACCAAGAGCUGAGCAUUAUGAAGGGCGACGUGGUCCAGGUGAUUCAGAAAUCCAAGCAGUGGUGGCUCGUUCGUAAUGCCCGCAAUGAGGAAGGAAACAUUCCUCAGAACGUUCUGGAGCCGAUGAAGAGCGCCAGGCCCAUGGAAGAUACACCGUGGGAGACUCGGGGCCCGGUGACUCUGGACAUGUCCUCGUCACCUGCGGAGGUGAAAGCCUGGCUGCAAUAUAAAGGUUUCUCAAAAAUCACUGUAUCCAGCCUCGGGGUGCUGACGGGUAAACUGCUUCUGGGGAUGACCAAGGAUGAGAUAAGAACUGUGUGUCCUGAGGAAGGAGGCAAGGUCUUCUUCCAGCUUCAGGCCAUUAAGUCAGCCAUCGCACUCGCCAGUGAACCGUCAGGACAAUACAAUAGCCGCUACUAACCUCCCACCAACGCUGCUCCUUCAGUUUCUUUUCUUGGCAUUUUCAUCCACAGAUCGGAAAUUAUUGGGGUCACAAAUUGUCCUUUUGUGACAUGGAUUAUCUCUGGAUGGCCACUGUCAUUCUAUUAAAAGUGCUUUUAAUGAAUUAAAUUUCCAUGUGUAUGUUAUGUAACAUAUAUGACAAGCAACAAUUAAUAAUUAAAGUGGAAAUAUAUGUUCCAACAAAUACUAUUAUUAUCUUUAUAACUAAGAUUAACCACGUGUCUCUGUAGUAGCAUUAACUUAUACCUAUAGUAUAUUUUCUUUUAAUAAUAAUUACUAUUUUCUUUUCUUUUAAGUAAUGUUUCUCUAGCUGUAAUUUAUGAUAAGUGAUCUAAAAAAAAUCUAUUUCAAAUGUAACAAUGAAAUUCAGUGCUAUAUGUCAAAUUAAAGUUUCUAUUUAUAUUCAUUAGAACAAAAUUGUUUUUCUUUAUACAAAACUCAGAUUCAUGUAAAUAUUUUAAACUUCUUGAAUCAUCAUUUAGAUGGGAAGUCAUGGUGUCGUGCAGGGUUCCACAUUAUCUGCUUGUCCUGCCUCUGUUUCCCCUUUUCAGGUUCUCCCUAAUUGUUUGACCCCUCUGACCUCAUUCACCUAAGAAGGUGUCAACAUAAGCCGGUUUACGUCCAAGAUGUUUCUCCCACUCCCUCCUGGAAGGCUGGUGACUUACAAGCACCCAACUUCAAUUUGUUUGGUUUGGCGACAUUUAGUUUCUCUUUUGUGUAGGGCAAAUGCAGAUUUAGGUUACUGUCGUUAUUAUCAUUUUCAUUCAUAAAUUGUUACUGUGUUAACCUUAUUCUGUCAAAUUGAAAGAAAACAGAUCGAGGAGAAUACAUAUGUUACAUUCAU